AUGGCGAUUCUUGGGAAACUUAAGUGUGCUGAUUCGUUGAUUAGGAGAGGGCUCCAGGUUAAUCCUUUUUGUAAUUUCUGUUCGGGUCAUUCUGAAACUCACUCGCACUUAUUUUUUGGGUGUGACUUUUCUUUUGGAGUUCUCACUAAGCUUCUGCCGGCUACUAAUGCCUUCUAUUUAAGACCUAACCUUUAUCAUGUGUAUGAUUUUAUGUGGAACGAUGCUAUUUUAGCUGUGUUAGAGAAAAAGUUUGCUUCUCUUGUUAUUGCAGCUAUGGUUUAUUUCCUUUGGAGAGAAAGAACUCAGAGGAGAUUUUCUGACGUGAGAAAGAACAUUAAUCAAGUAUGUGAUGAUAUUUGUGUAGCGGUUUGUGCCAAGGUUAAAAACUGGAAGAAUCAUGAUGGCCUGGAAGGAAAAUUUGGAGAAAUUCUGGCUUUCUUGGGAUAA